GAUGUGCGAAGGUGAUGUAUCUGGAGGUGAAGGUGCAUGAAAGGAAGAUGCGAGGAAUGAAUGUGCGAGAGGGGCAUGUGCAAGACGUGAAUGAAGAUGUGACAGCAGAAGCUGCGAGAGGCAAAGGAGAACCGAAGCAAAUGCAGCGCCAGAUGCAUGUCAAACUUUCCUGUGAGGUUAACCUCUUUGUGAAAAUGCAAGCAAAGAGAUGUCACGGACGUGUCCAGAAGACAUCGGAGUUGCUUUGCACCAAAGAGGAGCCGCGAAACAUUUUCAUUGCGAGACACAGGUGCAUCAAAGGAGAAGACAUCACGGACACGGCCAAACGACAGCCCGCUGCCAGACCAGCCGCGGGACCGGCAGCCGCGAAGCUCUGGUGCCACUGCUUGCGUUCCAUGUCGACGGUGUGCAUCCAGCAUGUAGCCCUCGAGCUUCCACAGCAGCGACUCCACACCAUGAACAACCCCGCUCGUCGUGUGAAUUUCUUCGGCUGCGGGUUGUUCCUUUGGUCCUUGGUCUUCGUGCAUGUUCACGUUGAGGUGGUGGAGCAAAGACCUCCAAUGCACUGGGUGAGUCAGCUGCUCAAAGACGCAUCACCCGCGAAUUUGCAGGCAGCCUUGCAAGAGGUCCACUUCAAUCACCUUUCCAACGCCACAGGUUGCGGGCCCAAGAUGCUGAGUGACAAGUGGAUUGUGGUGCGACAGGGCUGUGUAAGGCGAAAACUUGCAAUGCUUGGCUUUGUGGUGUUUGGCUUGUGCCUCGCCACCCAGCUGACCUUUGUCAAGCUGCACCUCUCCAACAGCCCUCCAAGAACCAUCGCGAUCCAUUUCGAGCUGCCAGUUCCUCGAAGCAUUUGGGAUGCUUCAGCUGUGCUGCUAAUGGUGCUAUCGCUCGCUGUCCUGCUACUUGCUGCGUUCUGCCAUGGCAGUUUGGGGCCUUUGACCACUGUGGCCUGUGACCGAGAUCGGACCGAGAGAGAUCUCGAACUCAGGCUUCGGGGGCGCUGUUUGCCAUUGGAAGAGCACCCUGACGUUAACAUUGUUACCAAGGAGACGUACCUGGAUAGUGAGGAUGAGGAGCUAUUCAAAGAAGUUGCUGUCGGUCUGCUCAUUCCCUCCAGUCCUUAUUUGGGGUUUGCAACCACCAUUGAAAGAGCUCCGCGUUUGAUUUCGGCCUGCCUCCCAUUCACAGCGCGUGGGUAUUGGGAGCAGGGGUUGACUUUUGUUCAACAAAAGGAUCUUGCCACUGGCAUGGCGUUGGCAAUUUUGCACUUGCACUAUUUGAGUCUUGUGCAUUGCGGCAUCAAGCCCGACAAUUUCCUCGUUGAUGCUGAGGGCACUGUGUUUGUAAUUGAUUUUGGCUCAGUGUCGCGAGAGGGGGAUGUACCGCCAAUGAUGUGCAACUCUUACCGCCCCCCCGACGAAAAUGUAUCGCGGGCCUGGGACAUCUAUUCCUUAGGUGCACAUGUGUACAAACAUGAGCGGCAUGUCGCCAUUUUGCAUGGCAUGCCACCAUUUUGCCUUGUACAAUGUCCCGUGAUGCGCAAGUAUCAAUCUCUUCAAAGUCUCCUGGCUGUCUCUUGCUCCAAAGUUGACUUUGAUAUUGCGCAGCUGUGGGCUUCAACUUUGGUGCCUCGCUUUUGUUACUCGCUUUCCGUUGCUGAUGCUGGACGCUAUUACGGCUCUGCAGUUCUGCUGCCAAAGCGCAGUGCUUUGCGACCUCUGGCGCCGGUGGUCAGCAGCGCAGUUAACACAGGGAAGGACAAGGCUGAUGGCAAGGACGAGAAGGGCUCCAUGGAGGAGAAGACGGAGGCCGAGAAGGAACAGGAACAGGAAGAGACAGAAGAGAGGCAGGGUUCCAAAUCGCACGGAUGGCCCCGAACCUGGUUGAUUGACGUUGACAUAGGUGGAC